GAACAUUCUCCAUCUCCCAUCCUCAAAGUCCUAUCUCCUCUCAACAUGUCCUGCAACAACAGCUGUUCUGGAACCUUCUCCCAGUCCUUUGGGGUCCAACUGCAGAAUCCGAUCUCUUCAUGUGGCUCCUCCUACCCCAACAACGUCUUCUACAGCACUGACCUCCAAACUCCCAUCACCCACCAACUGGGCUCCUCUCUUCACAGUGGGUGCCAGGAAACCUUCUGUGAGCCCACCGGCUGCCAGACAUCCUACGUGGUCUCCAGACCCUGCCAGAGGCCUUUCUACAGUCAGGGGAUUCGAGGGUCCUUCAGCCCCUGCCAGUCAACUUUUUCAGGAUCUCUGGGACUUGGUUCCAGGGGUUUCCAGUCUUUUGGUUGUGGCUACCCAACCCCAGGAUUUGGAUCCCAUGGUUUCCAGUCAGUGGGAUGUGGUACCCGUACUUUCUCCUCCCUAAAUGGUGGGUCCAGCUUUUUCCGCCCAACCUGCUUCUCUUCCAAAAGCUGCCAGUCUGUUUCUUACCAGCCAACCUGUGGGACUGGGUUCUUCUGAUCCGUAUUGGGGAAAUUAGAAAUGUAAAAGGUACCUACUACCUUCUAUGCUAAGAGCCGCACUGCCUUUGGAUUUUCUGCAUUAGUCUAGGAAUUUGACUUCUACUCAUGAGUUCCUAUAAUUGGAAAAUGUAUUUAAGUGGAGAAAGAUGCUGAAUUGUUUUCUUCUAUGUUAUAGGCAUGCAAAAAAAUCAAGCAUAAUCCUUUCAUAUCUCUUAGCAAUUACUCAGACUUCCUGUCUUGAUUUUUGCAAGGCAGGAGGUUGUAAGCAUAAAUAAAAAUAUUCAACUGG